UCUCACAAUACAACUCCUCUUCCCUCCUCAUCUAUACUCACAAUAUGGAGAACUACUACUUCUUCUUCUUCUUCUUCUUCUUCUUCUUCUUCUUCUUUACCAUUUCCAUAAUGCUUCUCCUCAAAUAUUUCUUGUCCGGCCGCCAUCGCCGGAAUUUGCCUCUCCCCCCGGGCUCCUUGGGUUGGCCAUAUAUUGGUGAAACCUUCCAGCUUUACUCUCAAGACCCAAAUAUCUUCUUCGCCAACAAACAAAAAAGAUAUGGUUCGGUUUUCAAGACCCACAUCUUGGGUUGUCCUUGCGUGAUGAUUUCUAGUCCUGAAGCUGCAAAAUUUGUACUGGUUACAAGAGCUCAUCUGUUCAAACCAACAUUCCCAGCUAGCAAAGAGAGGAUGUUGGGGAAACAAGCAAUCUUUUUUAGCCAAGGAGAUUAUCAUAACAAAUUGAGGAAACUUGUUCUUCGUGCUUUCAUGCCUGAAGCAAUUAAAUACAUAGUCUCUGAUAUUGAAUCCAUUGCUAAGGAUUCUUUGAAAUCAUGGGAAGGAAAACUCAUCACCACUUACCAAGAAAUGAAAACAUACACAUUCAAUGUAGCACUACUUUCCAUAUUUGGAAAAGAUGAGGUUCAGUAUAGAGAGGAUCUAAAAAGGUGUUAUUACAUUCUGGAGAAAGGAUACAAUUCAAUGCCCAUUAAUGUUCCAGGGACUCUGUUUCAUAAAGCCAUGAAAGCAAGGAAAGAGCUUGCUCAGAUUUUGACCAAAAUCCUCUCAACCAGGCGUCAAAUGAAACUUGACCAUAAUGACUUGCUUGGAUCUUUCACGGGAGAUAAAGAAGGACUCACCGACGAACAAAUCGCCGACAACAUCAUCGGCGUUAUCUUCGCCGCCCGCGACACCACCGCCAGUGUUUUAACUUGGAUUCUCAAGUAUCUGGGGGAAAAACCAAGUGUUCUGCAAGCUGUCACGGAAGAACAAGAAGGCAUAAAGAAGAGCAAAGAUAAAGAUGGUGUAGAGAAGGAGCUGAGUUGGGCAGAUACGAAGAACAUGCCAAUAACUUGUAGAGUGAUUCAAGAGACUCUGAGGGUUGCUUCAAUUUUAUCUUUUACUUUCAGAGAAGCUGUUGAAGACCUUGAAUAUCAAGGGUAUCUGAUACCGAAAGGGUGGAAAGUUUUACCACUUUUCAGAAACAUUCACCAUAACCCAGAAAUAUUUCCAGAUCCUGAAAAGUUUGAUCCUUCAAGAUUUGAGUCUGCUCCAAAACCCAACACUUUCAUGCCAUUUGGCAAUGGGACCCACUCCUGUCCUGGGAAUGAAUUGGCCAAGCUAGAGAUUUUGGUCCUCCUCCACCAUCUUACCACAAAUUACAGGUGGUGUAUGGUGGGAAAACAGAGUGGGAUUCAGUAUGGUCCUUUCGCUCUUCCCCAGAAUGGGUUGCCCAUAAUUUUAACUCCCAAGUCGUCCUAAGCAAUUCUCAUCUUCCAAACAACAAACAGUUUCCAAAAAUAGAAACUCUGCCAUAGCCAAUUCUGAGAUCACCAUGAAGAAAGUCAAGAAACAAAGAACAACAUUCAACCAAUUUACAGAGGAAGAACAAGUAAUAACUUACUCUUAAUUUUCUAAUCUUCAAUCCUCACUCCUAAAGAGGAAAGUGAGUCAACUGUACAUAUGAUUUUUUUUUUUUUUUUUUAAUUUUGAAAACAAAACAUAGAGGGGAAAAAAGAUGCGCAAGCAAAUCAAUCCAUUUUUUGUAUUAGGGAAAUAAAGCAA